AUGAACUAUAGCUUCUCGGGCUAUGAGCUUGAGCAUGGGGUCGCGUUGCGAGAGCUUGCGUCCACGGCGUUCAACAAUCUAAGGACCAAGGUACAUCAUGCGCACCAUUGUGAAAAGGGGAAGGUUCAGACCCGUCGAGAAUGGCGACACUUGCCUCUUCACGAGAGAAUCGAGUUCACAGACGCCGUCGAAUGUCUCCAGGCUCUCCCAACCGAGCUUUCUCCCAAGAUGCAGAAAGCCUACCCGGCCGUGAAAAGUCGCUAUGAUGAAUUUGUGGCAGUGCAUAUCGAGUUGUCGAACAAUAUACAUAUGAGUGCCGAAUUCUUCGCUUGGCACAGAUACUUCAUCCACCUUUUCGAGCAAGACCUCCGAGAUAAAUGCAAUUAUCCCGGUCGCCUCCCAUAUUGGGAAUGGGGAUACGACGCCUUCGCACCCCAGAACUCGUCCCUCUUCAACGGCCAACCCGGCAGCAUGGGCUCGAACGGCGAGUGGAUCCCGAACCGCGGCUCUCAGUACUGGGUGUCAAACCACGUCGACAUUCCGACUGGCACAGGCGGCGGCUGCGUCUUCGCGGGUCCUUUCGUCAACUACACCGUCAAGAUGGGCCCCAUCGACGCGCCGGGUGUCGAGCCCGUCGCGGAUAAGUUCGCGUAUAACCCGCGCUGUCUGUCGCGCGACCUCAACCCCACCGUCAUGAGCACCUCGGUCACGUUCCGCAACACGACUGAGCACAUCCUCGAAUAUGACGAUGUCGCUUGGUUUCAGGGCGUUAUGCAGCAUGAUCCGCGGUAUCCGGCGGAGGGUCUGACCUAUUCCUUGCACGGGGGUGGUCAUAUUGGGGUUGGGCUCAUCCUGGGCGAUGUCGAGGCUAGCCCCAGUGAUCCUAUGUUCUGGCUUCAUCAUGCGCAGAUCGAUCGUGUCUGGGCGAUCUGGCAGGGUCUGAGUCCUCAUAAGAGAGUUUAUCAGAUAUCUGGGACGCAUACGCAUACCAACGAGCCUCCUACGGCGAAUAUGACGUUGGAUGAAAUGCUGGAUUUCGGGUUUAUUGCGGAGCCGGUUAAGUUUGCGGAUUUGAUGCACAUAAGGUCUGGGCCGUUCUGUUAUGAGUAUGCUUGA